UUAAGCUAUUUCUUUCCAGCUAGACAAUAUUCAAAUUAGUAUCAUUAACGAUUCAAAAAAAUGUACAUGUUGUUCUACUUGUCUAGGGUAGUGUUGAAAGUGUAAUGAUGUAAAAAAAAGCACAGCCGAAACGGUUCAAACGAAGUGAAAUUGGCCGACCAACAUAAGCUAGUUAGUUGAGAAUAAGUGAAACUAGAAGCGUGCAGCACAUAGCAAAAAAAACAAAGAAACAAUAGUGAAUAAAUUUCUGGUGCAAAAACCAUUUCGGGUGGCAGCCUAAGAAAUAUGGCCCCGGGGAAGUUUCUGCUGCUUCGAUUGCCACCGUUAGUGGCCAGUGUUAUGCCGCUGUUGGGGGUGGUUGUGUUUUGUCUUCUUGGCGGCCAUUCGCCGGUUUUGGCCGCGUCGUCGUCAUCGUCUGUCGUAUCGACGACGUCUGUGAAUGAAGAAGUGGCCACCGCUGCUUUGAACCGUGACUUUGUGGGCAAAAAGAUUUUGCCGGAUCUGUCCGGAAUUACACUGGAUGUCAUUCCUGAGGCCCAUCGCAGCGCGGCUGGAAAUUUCCGAGACCUGUGGAACGAGUAUCUGCUGGGAAUUAAAGGAUAUGAUGUGGUGAAAGAUAUUCCGUUCACGUUGAUCGUCCCGGAUCGGAUCGACAGGGCGUCAUUCGAAGAGAGUGGUGCUCCACGUGCUCGGGAAUUCCUGCUGGAACAUGUCAUCCCGGGCGCCCUGAUGGAGCUGAAGGAUCACAACCUAUACGGCAAUAUGAACAAACAUCCCGUGGGGGUGAACCUGACCUGCAUUAAUAUGCUGAUGGGAUUUGUGCUGCGAUCGAUCAGCAACCAGGAGAUUAAGUACGCAGCCCGGCACAACGUGAGCGAUACGCUGACCUUGAUUUUCAUCGAGGGAAAUUUGACGGAAAAUCGGUUGAUCAGCAGCAACAAGCUAAACAAGCGCAAUAUUCAGGAGACUAAUAGAUACAACGAACCCCAACGCCUGGAGAUGAAAAAUGCUACCAAAGAGCAGGCCGCCAGCAAGGAGAACCGCAUCGGGCAGCACCUGAUGAACUUCCUAGCUAGCAUGAAGUCCGGAACCAAGGUGUUUCAGCACUUCCUGUCUGCCAGCAACCUCAGCCAGCUGAUGGACGACAGCUCAUACAUGGUGAUGAUCCCCUCGGAUACGGCCUUCCAGCGGUGGCAUCCGAUCGAUUGGGGUUUCUACCCGUUCAGCGUGCAGGAGUUCACGGAAAGUGUGCUGCGGAAUCAUUUCGUGCGGGUCAAACAGCCGCUUCGCAUGGCGGAUCUGAGAACCAUGAGCGGAGAGCAACGGUUCAAAACUCUCGGCGGAGAGUAUGUGGUACUUAAGAACAAGCCCGCACCGAACGUGAAUAAUGUUUCAAUUCUGUACGACUACACGUUGUCCAAUGGGAUAGAGGUUUACGUGAUAUCGGAGGUUUUGUUCGUUUCCGAGGCCGUUGUGUCUCGGCUACAUCAGAUGCACAAAGACAAGGAGACACCUCCUCUGUUGGCAUUCCCCUGGUUUGGAGCCCAAUUUCUGUCCCAUUCGUUCUUGGCUCUGGAGCGAGACAGUCGAUUUACGCAGAUCACUCGCUUUUUAAACAUGGCUGAAAUAGCUCAGUUCAUCUCCGGGUCGAACUACACAUUCUUCGUACCAACGGACGAAGCCUUCGAGCGAUACAGCUUCGACCUGCUUCCGGAUCGAACUCUUUCGACAGAGCAAAGCAUCAAACUGUUACUUAAUCACUUCGUCAAGGGACGUCUUUACAACCGGGACCUCAAGGACGGGGAAGUCAUCGAAUCGGUAGGAGGAUCACCGGUCAAAAUUCAACGAACCUUCGACAACAACGUUACGGUCAACAGUGCCAAAAUCAUCGAAUCGGAAGUAUUCGUAUACAAUCUUGGUACGAUGUACUACAUCGAUGACGUGCUGUAUCCGGACCUUCUCAAGAACGAAGUGCAGGCAAUUACCGGAACUAAAAAAGUGGACAAGACCAUGCCGGAAGACGAGGGCGAAAUAUUUACAACGGAUUUCAGCCAAGCUGAUCAUCAACCGGGUGGCGCAGAGCCAACGACUCACAGGCCACACUUCACGACGAGUGCGGAUGUGGAAAUAAUUCCGCUUGAAUUCACCGAGCAAAGUAAUAACGACGACGACUUUCUGCUUCAGGAUGAUGAAAUCAUAACGCCCCGGGCUUUACCAGUGAGAUACUUCCACACACCGAAAAAAUAAUUCAAUGAUUAGGUUUAAGUAAUUUGAGAGCUUAGACAAUCAACGGCAUUUUUGUUUGAAUAAUUUGUCAGCGAUACUUUUUCAAUUGCAUUGAAUAUUCGACUAUUUUUAGGUGAAACACUUUUGUAUUUCGAAUCAAAAUUCUUAGAUUUUCAAUGAAAAAUAAUAAUUGCCGUUGUAUUUAGUUUCAUUAACUAUUUAUAGAAAUGCAAGUACGGUCACGUUUACUUUGAAAACCAUUCUUUUGUGUAAACAUUUAUUCACUGAGUAACGACUGUAUAAUUGAUAUCAUGACCGUCAUUUCAUUUGAUAUUUCUCAAUAAUCUUGAAGUGUAAGUUCAUCAGAUGAAUGUCCAAAACUUUGAAAGUUAGAGAAGAAAGACCAGCCGUUGAAUCUGAACGUUAGUAGUGGUUAGUAUAAUCCAUGGAAUGGAUUAUUCUAAAUAAUCCAUCAUAUCUCGAAUUCAUAAACCUUUACUGUUUUAUCAGCAAUGUUAAGUUAUUUUGUGUUUUAAAGCCAAUUAUUGAAUAAUUUCUUAUUUAUAUCACUCCUUUGAUGUUGUUUUAAAUCUUUAAAAUUUAAUGGAAUUUUUCAAAAGUCACAAAAAAUGAAUGAAUAAAACACAAUUACAGAUGUAUUCCAAUUUAAAAAAUCAACUGUUUUUUAUAAUCAUAAAAAUACAAUUAAUAAAACCUGGUAAAUUAUCCGUAUUUUUAGGAUGGGUUGUCUGCACGAGAGAGAGUAUGAUGGUAACAGUGAUAAAACUGUCAACAAGGAACUUUAA